UUGAUGAAAGCGAUUUCUUAUACCUUUUCAGUUAUUACCACAACAUUAAAGGAGAUGCCUUCACUCCAGAAAGCAUUGCCUCCAGAACUUGCUGAUAAUGUGCUCAGGUUAUAUCGUGAAUGCUUACGGAGGGCGAAGUAUAUUAGCCAUCAGAAACACAAUACAAAACUUUUAGUCGCCAUGGUGAGACAACAAUUCAAGAAAAACAUGCAUGAAACUGAUCCAGAGAAGAUACAGAAAAUGAAGGACGAUUCUGCAAGGGGCCUUAUCAAUCAUAUUCUAUAUGAGUCCGAGAAGAUUACAGGACACAAGUUUUCAGGUUAAAAACAGAAGUUGAAACUGGACUUACAGUGUGUCGUGCUGUAUGAAUAAUAGUAAAAAUAAUUUACUUUCUUGCCUUUGAAUGAUUCCGGUUCUAUUGUACAAGGACCUGCAAGUGUUUUUUCCUUCGGAUUGCUGAGUACUCGAGCUAUUGCAGCAAUGAUUUUCAGUAACCAAGAGUUUGGCUGUCUUUUCUUUUGUGCAUCUGUCCAAUAAAUGCUGACUACAAA